CUGGGAGGCUCGCUUGACCCGCACACAAGGAAAACAACAACAGCCUUGCUCCCAAAUAGAACUUUGAUUUCUGGAAGCUUAGCAGGACGAGACGACUAAAUGGAGGACGAGGACAGCAGAACAGUGUGGGUGGGGAACUUUGAUCCAGAUGUGACCACUGAGGAGGUCCUGUACGAGCUGUUCCUGCAGACGCAAGGUAGGCAAUGCCUGUCAGUGUCCGGCCUCUACGAAUCUUCUCCAAAGAAUAAGACCUGUGCAAAGAUAAUGGACUAUUUACUUUCAUUCAUUAAUCAGGCUGGACCACUUCACUAUGUGAAGAUACCAAAGGACAAAAUGACAGGAAGAAGUAAAAGCUUUGGUUUCAUCUGUUUUCGUCAUAGUGUUAGUGUACCAUAUGCCAUUGAGCUUAUGAAUGACAUUGAUGUUAAUGGAAGAAAUUUAAGAGUGCAAAGUAGGAAUCACCAACAACUACAGCAGCAGGGUCUGUCUUGUGGUCCAGGAGGCAUACACUCCCUUGAUCCAAAUUUUGGUGUAGUCCAGAACUUUUCAGGAUCCUCACACCCCUGUGGACAGCAGGCACUCAUGCAGUCCCCCAGCAGCUUACUUGGAUUGCCAAAUCAGAAUGUCAUGGCAAUGGCUCACCACCAAAUGGCAUUACUGAAUGCCUUUCAACCUAUUCCUCUUUCAGCAAAUCCUCUUCUUAAUGCUCCUAGAGAGCGUUAUUCUGACAGACAUGGGUCUAUCAAUUAUGAUAGAAAUAAUCAAUACAUGAAAAAUAAUUCUCCAAGAGACAAUCCAUACCAGCGAGAUAACUACUCCAGAAAUAGCUCAUACCAGAGAAACAACUAUUCCAAUGACUACGGAAAGCAUAGUCCCUAUCGUCAGGAUGCAUCAUCCAGUCCUUACUCUAACAGGGAUAAGUCUGGCACAGGUAGUGGCACACAGCACAACCCAGGCCAUUUUAAUUUCAGUAGAUUAGGGCCACAGCAGAACAGAGACCACCACCACCACCACCAUCGGUCCUCCCAUACCAAUGGCAGUCACAGCAGACAUGGUGACCAGCAUAACAGACACAGGAGUGAGUCUCACCACAGUAAAUAUGAUAAUCACAGGAGUUCAGGCAGGCACUAUUCCAAUCAUUAUGACAGCAGGAAUUACCGAUGAUGAUCUGUGUCACUUCCCUUGUUAAAGUCAUCACUGUUUGUAAAGGAGCCAAUUAUUUAGCUGGGGUAAACUGAGUAUUUUCCCUCAAAUCUUGUGCAAGGAAUAAGGAUUGUGUAAAACACUUUGACUCAUGCUUAUUGGUCAUUUAGAUUUACUAAUUUAAAGAUCUUGACGACACACUUCUUUGAAGGAUUGAUUCAUAGUGUUCAUUUCCUAUAUAUUAAUGUUGUGGAAGUAUCAGUUUCAUUAUUGCUCCCAUGCAGGAGUUUACUAAACUUAUACAGCUGUGGCUAUUUCCUAUUCAUUUUAUUUAUUUGUUUAUUUUUUUUUUAUUAUUAUUAUUAUUAUUAUUAUUAUUAUUAUUAUUAUUAUUAUUAUUGGUAUUAUUAUUAUUAAUAUUAUUAUUAUUAUUAUUAUUAUUAUUAUUAUUAUUAUUAUUAUUAUUAUUAUUAUUAUUAUUAUUAUUAUUAUUGAUUUUAUUUUUUGUUUUAUUUUUAACUGGAGAUAUCACAACUUCUAGUUCAUACUUUUAGCCAUAGCAUCAUUCUCCUUUUAGAAAAUAAGAUGUGGACAACUUUAAAUCUCUCUCAAUUUAUGGAUACUUUUCUAUAUACUUAUGGUCAUUGUUUUUUUUCUCAUUCUUUUUCUCUGUGAUGGUUAUUAUAUAUGUGUACUCUAUUUGUGUACUAUAUACACUGUUCAAUACGACAACUGCGAGUCCUUUCUUAUGUUUACUUCAACCUUUCUUGAAUAAAAUUUAUAGACUGCCACAACACACACAAACACAGUCAUCAUCCACCAUUUUGUUAUUGAUGACAGUCCUUGCUCAACACCUAAAAAAAUAUAUAUACAAUCAUGUGUCUGGCAGUGUGACAGGAUUCUGCCCAAGGUUUCAUAAUGUAUGCCAUUAUUUCAAUUAUCACUGACAUCGAUGUGUGCUUUCUUUGUUAUUUGACAUAAUUACAGUGUCUUGGUGCAUGCAUUGUCUUUUCUCCAAGAACUGUCUGUUUUAAUGUGUGUAACAGGGCUCUCUAUGUGGAUUUCUUAUAUUAACUUAAAUGUUUUUACUCAGCAAAAGUAUACUGUUAGCAUUAUUAUUAUCAUAUACUCUAGAUAAUGAAAACUUCAUUGAAGUACAGCAUCAGUUCAUAAAUGGGAGAAAAUAAACAUUUAUGACUGUUUACUCUUAACACCUUGUCCACAUUCCUGAGAUACAAUGCUAUGGACACCUGGCAGCUGAGAGCAUUAAUUACAAGUUGUGAUACCUCCAAUUGAAAUGUAAAUACAGUAAGAAGACAUUAGGUAUUCACUCAGAUUUAUAAUGCACUAUUCUUCAAGUAGGGAAUUAUUUUUGUACAUCAUCUGAUAUUAUCAGUAGUAUAUUGGCCAUAUCUUAGUUUAUAACUGAAAAAGAAACAAGAAAAAAACUAUAGAAUUAUUUUAUCUUAUAUGCAUAUAGACUAACAGAGAAAAGAAGUUAUUUAUGAAAUUCUUAUGUUUGGCUUUCAAUGAUAUGCAAGACUUGAGAUAAUUGAGGCUUAUUAGUAUGCUUUAUUUUUUCUAUGCUGUAUUAUUUCUUAUUUAGUUAUUUUUGGAAAGAUAUUACAUUAUUUUCUGUAGCAUUUAACUCAUGAAGAUGUAUUGAAAUUAAGUAAUAUUUACAUUCAUAUGAAAGGUGAACGUCUUUAUUUUUUAGGUUGAUUGUAAGUACUUCUAUAAGCAUUAUUAGAUUUUAUAAAAAUUGUAUAAUUUAAUGACUCAAGUGGUUCUUAUCCAUUGCUUCCCUUUUUAUAUUGAUUUAAGCAAAUACUGACUUACUACUAAACAAGCAAUCUUUUGUUUUAUAUGUUUAUUGAGAGAUUUAUAUAAUUUGUUUUUUUUAACAGUUGACAUAGUUGUAUAGUGGUGCAUAUUAACUUGUGUUGGAAUAUUUCUUGGUGGUAUAUAAAUCAUACAAACUUGUGGGCCCAAGAAUGGAAGUGUUAUGACAACCUCUCAGAGAUCAAGUAGUCAGGUAGCCUAUUAUUGGUAAUUAACUUCAUUUAAUAUCAGAAAUAUUUUUGUUGGACAUCAUGAAUUAGUUUUAGCUGAUACUCAAGUCAAAGUGAGCUUUGGGAAAGAGUGAAAUUACUAGAAGUGUAUAGAAAACAUGAUGUUUUAUGUUUUGGAGAGAGAGAGAGAGAGAGAGAGAGAGAGAGAGAGAGAGAGAGAGAGAGAGAGAGUGAGAGAGAGAAGCUUGCAAGGACAAGAAUGAAGCAAAAUUCUGCUGAUGUGUGUGUGUGUCAAAAUAGCUGGAAAUGCUUUAUAUUUUGUGAAGGCAUUUGUUUCAGGAGGUGGUAACUAUUUAAGCUGUAUGUACUGUACUGUUCAAACAUCUCCAAAAUUCAUUACUCUAAAUUUUGUUUAAAAGUUUACCACAUAUUUAGUAAGUGUUUGAAAGAUGGAUUCCUUCAGGAAAAUGGAAGUGUUUUAAAUGAUCUCAGUGAAAAAGGUUUUAUCUUGUGUCUUAUGUAUGCUUCUUUCCAUAUAUUUUUCAAAACAUCUAUUCUGUCUUUCCUUUUUCUCUGUAUUUCAUGCCAUGGUCCACAAAACAACAACAAAUGUAUUGGUCCUUACAGGUUUGUUUGUUAUAAGUUGCAUUAUCUUAUUUUUAGUUAAGAGAUAUAUAUAUGACAGGUCACCAACUACCCUUUUUUUUUAUGGAUCUCUCUCUCUCUCUCUCUCUCUCUCUCUCUCUCUCUCUCUCUCUCUCUCUCUCUCUCUCUCUCUCUCUCUCUCUCUCUCUCUCUCUCUCUCUCUCUCUCUCUCUCUCAUUCACAGUAAUAGUGUAAUAAAUUACUUUAGUUACUGAUUUAUUUGUUUAGUUACUGAUUUGAUUUAUUUUAUUUAUUUGUUUUUUAUUACAAUAAGGUCAAAGUGUUCUGGAGAAUUAAAGUUGCCAGAUACAUGA